AUGCGGCCUCCGGCCCCUUCUCUCGAUGUUAUAGCCGCCCGUAAUUCUGCUGCCGCUGCCGCCUCCGCUGCUGCCGCCACGAGCGCUGCGUCGGGCUCAAACCUACAGGCACCGACCGCGGCCGAUGAUUCGAGGGAUUCGAGGUCAUCCUCAUCAACGAACUCUCCAGUUCCUGCCGACAAUGAAGAGUCGGACUUUUUUCAUGUAGCAAAUGAUUCGCAAUCUUCGCUAGGAGUCGUGCCCAACUUGCAAGACAUGCAAGUUACUGACCCCGAAUGUCUAUCGACUGUUGCCGCUCUCCCCAGCGAGAUUCUCAUUAGCAUCUUCAAUCGUAUAAGCAGUCCGAAUGAACUACUAAAUUGCAUGUUGACUUGCAAAAGGUGGGCCCGCAACGUCGUCGAGAUACUCUGGCACCGUCCCACUUGUACUUCCUGGCACAAGCAUUCCAUCAUUUGCACAACUUUGGGGCUUGAGAAGCCCUAUUUCACCUAUACGGACUUCGUUAAACGUCUUAACCUGGCUGCGCUCGCUGCUCAGGUUAACGACGGCAGCGUUAUACCGCUUGCCGUCUGCACUCGCGUCGAGCGUCUCACCUUGACCAAUUGCGAUGGCCUAACUGACUUGGGACUCAUACCCCUUAUUGCGAGCAAUCCACACCUUCUUGCGCUCGAUUUAUCUGGCGAUACGAACAUUACAGAAGCUUCGAUUUUGACCAUCGCUGAGAACUGCCAUAGACUCCAGGGCUUGAACGUAUCUAGCUGCAAGCAGAUCUCUAACGAGAGUAUGGCUCAACUGGCCCAAAACUGCAAAUAUAUCAAACGUCUCAAAUUGAAUGAUUGCGACCAACUUAACAACGUUGCCGUACUAGCCUUCGCUAACAAUUGCCCCAAUAUCCUGGAGAUUGAUUUGCACCAAUGUGUAAAUGUUGGCAAUGAGCCGGUGACGGAUCUUCUUGCGCAAGGGCGAUCCCUUCGCGAGCUGCGCCUCGCUAAUUGCGAGCUCAUCGAUGACGGCGCGUUCCUCUCGCUCCCCUCGAAUAAGGUAUACGAACACCUUCGAAUACUUGAUCUGACCUCCUGCGCUCGCCUCACAGACCGUGCGGUCGAGAAGAUUAUCGAGGUUGCGCCGAGAUUGCGAAACCUGGUGCUGGGCAAGUGCAGCAAUUUGACUGAUACUGCCGUCUAUGCCAUAUCGCGUCUGGGCAAGAAUCUACAUUACGUGCAUCUAGGUCAUUGCAGGCACAUCACGGAUGAUGCCGUUAAACGCUUAGUUCAGGGCUGCAACCGCAUUAGAUAUAUUGACUUGGGUUGCUGCCCGCGUCUUACGGAUGAGUCUGUCAUACAAUUGGCAAGGCUUCCUAAGCUUAAGAGGAUCGGCCUUGUCAAGUGCAGCAAUAUCACAGAUGAAAGCAUGUAUGCUCUAGCCGGAGCCAAUCGCCAUCAGUCCCGCCGCAACGCGACCGCAAGUACUUCUCGGAGACAUGAGUACCACACGGGAAGCUUAGAACGCGUUCAUCUUAGCUACUGUACCAACCUAACUCUCCCGAGUAUCAUUCGACUUCUAAACUGCUGUCCCAAACUUACGCACUUGAGUUUGACGGGCGUUCCCGCUUUCCUGCGAGACGAUCUAGAGGCGUUUUGUCGCGAAGCCCCCCCAGAUUUUUCGGAACAUCAGCGCGCUGUGUUCUGUGUCUUCUCUGGCCAAGCAGUUUUAGGUCUCAGGCAUUAUUUUAACACGCAGCCCGAGUUCGCCGAGUACCAGACAAAUCAACCGACUCUAUACCCCCUUAGAAGGGCUGGUCAAGCCAACGAAGAUACAAACCAAGGCCAGGCACAAGCACAAGCUGCGAUGUUGGCCCCUGAGAUGGAUGGAUUUGACGAGGAAGGUGUUGAGGACGACGACAUGGGCGAUGGUAGCGAGAUUGCUCUUGAUCAAGGCUCCUUCGGCAUCAAUAUUGAACCAAACACCGAAGCUGGCAUGGCAGUCCCCUCGCUACCGCCUCCUCCGCCACACCACCCGAAUAUGCCUUUACUGCACCAUCCUUCACUGUCGCCGCAUCCAACUACUGGCAGUAUUGGCAUUACUAUCAUGUCGCCGGCCCAAAACGAUCACGAUGCAGGAAUCAGUCCGGGUAGUAACACCCCGGGCCCUAGCACUGCCGGCCAGGGACUCUUUGCAAGCCAGCACACCUCCGGGCCCAGUACCGCUUCUAUGCAGGGACCCAUCGAGGACGAGGAAGACACUGCCCGGCCAUAA